CCUGCACCGGACGGGUGUAUUAUAGAUGCGCAUCCAAGCAGCCGGGCGGCGGGGGCCACUGGACGGGUGCAAUGUGACGGGGGUCGGGGAGAGACUGGGACGCAGCCUUUAACCACGCGGGAGGGUUGGGUUAACCAUUAACAACCAUUAACUAUUGGGGGGCAGCUGUGCGGAGCCGGUACCGUACAUAAGGCGUGCGCACCGGCGUCCACGCCUCAGCCUGAGCGCGUUACCAGGAGGCGGUGGAUACACGGAGUUCCUCUGCUGGACUCUGGAACGAUCAUCACUCCUCUCCGGAAAGCUGACACUGAAAAGGUGACGGCCCCAUCUGAUUGAAGAGGUACUUUUCCGCAGCUUCGUAAUUCAAUCCUCAUACUGCAGGCCUUUAAAUAUCACUUCUGAAAACCUCCCAGCCACGUGCUGUAAGGUGAGACAUUCCCGGGCCGGUACACCGACCAGUCAGUCAUGACCGGUGGACUGAGAGCAUGACCAGUCUCAGCAGCAAUCUGGCCCCUUCAGACCUGAUGUCUUUUUCCUUUAAGUGAACUUUAAAGGGCUGUUAACAAGUGACUGGAGCAGCAGGAGGAGGGGGUUUCUGUGGUGAGUCCCCCCCAGCUGAUUGUUUUCACUUCUUUGUUUUGUACGAGUAUGCUUUCUUCUUUUUUUUGCCGGCCUAACCUGAGCACCUUGCAGUGAAUGGAGAACAUACUGGUUCUGCUCCCGAAGCACCGACAGGAACACGGGCUCUGCAGACCCACGGCUGCAUGUGCCUCACUGCAGGUUUUUUCCUACAGAGCUGUUUUCUCCUUCUUUAAUAGUGACCACCACUCCUUGUAAGCCUUUUUAAUGGGAUAAAUCAAUUGGACUGAUCAGGUUCAAAACCAGAUCAGGUGGCCAGUUCUGUUCUAACGUCCCCAAAACUGUCCAAACAGGCCAAGGCAAUCUGACCUUUUCUUGUUAAACCAACUGUGUUCCAAAAGGCUUCCGCAUGGUACUUUGGUCGAAAGAACAAGACAAACUCCCCGACAUCGACAUGUCCUCUGGGGCCAUUGAGAUGAAGAAGGAGGGAGGCCCUCUGACACCGGCCUUCCUCAACUCCAACUGCUCCGUCCACCCGGUGAUCCUCACCAACGGCCCCGAAGAGAUGGGACCAGAGACCGGGGGUGAGUUCGAGCUGAAAGAAGUCACAUCCUUCUCAGAGAGGGCCAGUGAGACCGGGGAGGAUGAAGACAGGUCAGAGAUCGUGGUGGCCAUGGACUGCCGGGCCAAUGCCAAAGGUCAGAGGGAGGAGGACGCUCUCCUGGAGAACGCCAGCCAGAGCAACGAGAGUGAUGACACCAGCACUGACCAGAGCCCAGAACCACCAGCGCCCCUCAAGGAGACGUCCUUCUCCAUCGGCCUGCAGGUGGUCUUCCCUUUCCUGCUGGCCGGGUUCGGGACAGUGGCAGCCGGAAUGGUGUUGGACAUUGUCCAGCACUGGACGGUGUUUACUGAGGUGACGGGUUUUAUCCUGGUUCCAGCGCUACUGGGGCUCAAGGGCAACCUGGAGAUGACGCUGGCCUCCAGACUCUCCACAGCGGCUAAUAUUGGCCAGAUGGACACGGCUAAGGACAUGUGGAAGAUGAUAAUGGGGAACUUGGCCCUCAUUCAGGUCCAGGCCACAGUGGUGGGUUUUCUGGCUUCCAUAGCUGCUGUGAUAUUUGGCUGGAUCCCAGAGGGCCACUUCAGGCUGGGCCAUGCGGUGCUGCUGUGUGCGUCCAGCGUGGCCACCGCCUUCAUCGCCUCUCUGCUGCUAGGUCUCAUCAUGAUCGGCGUCAUCGUUGCGUCCAGGAAAGUUGGCAUCAACCCGGACAACGUGGCCACACCGAUCGCUGCGAGCCUUGGAGACCUGAUCACCCUGUCCCUGCUGGCUGGCAUCUCCACAGGACUGUACAAGGAGCUGGAGUUCAACAACUACGCCAACCCACUGGUGUGUGCUGCGUUCGUGGCCAUGUGUCCCCUGUGGGUCCUUAUCGCCAGGAAGAUCCCAUCCACGAGGGAGGUCCUCUACUCUGGAUGGGAGCCCGUCAUCAUUGCCAUGGCCAUCAGCAGUGUCGGUGGACUGAUCCUCGACAAGACUGUUACCAACCCAAACUUCGCUGGUAUGGCUGUUUUCACCCCCGUCAUCAAUGGUGUGGGCGGUAACCUGGUCGCCGUUCAGGCCAGUCGGAUCUCCACCUAUUUGCACAUGAACGGUCUGCCCAUGGGGGAUCCCAACCCCACCCCCAGGAAGUGCCCCACACCCUGCUCAUCCUUCUUCGGUUCCACUGUGAACUCUCGCUCUGCUCGUGUGCUCUUCCUCCUCGUGGCCCCGGGUCACCUGGUCUUCCUCUACACCAUCAACUCUCUGAGGGGAGGCCACACCACCCUGACCCCCAUCUUCAUCACCUUCUACCUGGCUGCUGCACUACUGCAGGUGAUGAUCCUCCUCUACCUGGCCGACUGGAUGGUUCACUGGAUGUGGGGUCGAGGCAUGGACCCCGACAACUUCUCCAUCCCGUACCUGACGGCCCUGGGCGACCUGCUGGGGACCGGCUUCCUCGCCCUCUGCUUCCACAUGCGCUGGUUCAUCGGGGACAGAGACAGUAAUUUGGGCAAUUGAAUGCAUGCACCAACACGUGCGCACACACAAAAAAAAAACAAAAGAAAGAAAAAUUUGAAUCGGCUUGUACGAACAGCGACAAACAUCACCCUUAUGCCUGAACUUUAUGUGACUCUGUGAACAGUACAAGGGCUAUUCUUCUGUGGGGCUCUGACUGACGGACAUGACAGGCCAGUAGUGUUUGAUCCUCAUCGUAUCAGGACGACACUGAUGCGCCGCAGCCCGCUACUCGCCGCAGCGACCGUGGAACAAACCCCCCUCGUAUGACGGAUCCAGCCCCACAGACUUCUACUACUCCUCUACUUUACGUAAUAAGAGUCCUACUACUUUUGUUGUUGUUAUACUAUUGAAAUUAUUAUUUUUGGUAAAUAAUGCUUUUAAUAUGAAUCCAUAUCUCGGUUAAGGGCAAAGUCUUCAUUAUUUUCAAUGGGGACGUUCCCGUUUAUAAAUGAUUUAAUUUUAACACUUGAAACAAAAACGGAGAAAAAAAAACAAAACAAAAGAGAGCAAAAAUUUUAUCCAGACAGGCCUAGAAUGCUUAAUCACCAAGUGCUAUAUGAUGUAAACAGAAGCGAAUGGAUGUUUAUGUACAAAUGAAAAUUAUUCUUGACGUAGUGCAUAGGGCUAGCUGUUGUCUCUCUUUUACUUUGGUCUCGCCGCGUGUACGAAACAGGAGUUGGCGUUUACUACAGGGGACUGGACCACAAACAUAACAGCUCAAAUCCCUUCUGGCGUAGCUCCAAUCAUUGCUUAAUUCCAGUCAGAACAGAAAGUGGAGGUCGUCAUUCCUGUACCUCCUGUACUCCCUCACAAUCCUGGCUUUUGAGAAUUGUCAAUAUCAGAUUAGAACGAACACUUACAUCAGCCACUAAAAGGAUUAAUUGACCUCUUACAUUAAGACUUGCCUAAUAAUCGCCUGUUCUCAACUAUUUAUUAGCGAGGAUUGCUUGUAAUUAACACAAUAGCCUUUUGUAAUCCCUCCAAAAAA